ACAAUCAAGGAAGCGGCUGCAGCUAAAAAGCGACGUUAGCGCCUCCGUUCUUUCCGGGGACCAGGCCAGCGCUCCAGAGGCGGCCACUGGACAGCGGUUCACCCGAGGCCGAGCUCCGCGACUUCGGCGGAGCACAGAGCCGAACGGGCGGUCGCGGACGGGAUUGCGCGCGGAGACAGUUCGUCCUCUCGGGGUAGCCGUAGGCGUCAGGGGACCCGUCCCGGCCGAAUCCACGUGACUCUAGGGGCGCCUAGCUAGAGCCAUGGCGGUUUCCAGGCCGCUGUCCCGCUUCUGGGAGUGGGGUAAGAAUAUCGUGUGCGUGGGCCGGAACUACGCGGACCACGCCAAGGAGAUGGGGAGCGCCGUGCUUAGCGAGCCCGUGCUCUUCCUGAAGCCGUCCACCGCCUAUGUCCCCGAGGGCUCGCCCAUCCUCAUGCCCGCCUACAGCCGCAACCUGCACCACGAGCUCGAGCUGGGCGUGGUGAUGGGCAAGCGAGGCCGCGCCGUCCCGGAGGCCGAGGCCAUGGACUACGUGGCCGGCUAUGCCCUGUGCCUGGACAUGACCGCCAGGGACGUGCAGGAUGAAUGCAAGAAGAAGGGGCUACCCUGGACCCUGGCCAAGAGCUUCACCACCUCCUGCCCCGUCAGCGCGUUUGUGCCCAAAGAAAAGGUCCCUGACCCUCACAACCUGAAGCUCUGGCUCAAGGUCAAUGGAGAACUACGGCAGGAGGGUGAGACGUCUUCCAUGAUCUUUACCAUCCCCUACAUCAUCAGCUACGUUUCUAAGAUAAUGGCCUUGGAAGAAGGAGAUAUUAUCUUGACCGGGACGCCGAAGGGAGUUGGCCCUGUUAAAGUAAACGAUGAGAUCCAAGCGGGCAUACACGGGGUCGUCAGUAUGAGAUUUAAGGUGGAAAAGCCAGACUAUUGAGUCUAUACAAAGCAUCCUAAUUUCUUAAGUUUCAGAAGAGAAGGGAGUUGGACUGAAGCAAGCAAAGGUUAUUAAAAGUGACUCCUUUAAAAAGAAAUCAAAUUUUAAAGAUGAUUUGAUUGGGUUGCUGUGUCUCAACUCAGGGAAGAUAGGAACUCCGAGAAAAACACGCUCUAGAACAGCCGAUCAGAAAUGGAAAGGAGAAAGGAAUGCCUGUCUGUCUUCUAGGAAACAAACAGAAGAAAGUAUUUGUGAUGUCUCCCAUGAGGCAUGAAAUGUUCAGAAGACUUUCCUAAAACUGGACUGGAAAAGACUUUUCAGUGAGUCAUUCUGGGAUCAGUAGUUCAGUAAUUAAAAUAUGCAAAGGGAGUUGAAAAGCAUGUUUCAAAUGAAUGUUUCCCACAUUUCCUUGAUCAUGGUAAUCAUCUGAAGGUAUCUGUAAAAAAAAAAAUAUUUCCAAAUUACUGGCCCAUACUGGGCCCACUGUAUUAACAGAAUUAAUCUCCAGCACUCCAUGUGAUUCUUAUGAAAUGUGGAAAAACACUACUCCACAUAUUUUAAUUUAAAAUUUUAUUUAAUAAGUUAAUGAAUGACAACCUCACUCGUUUGUACCCUGGCUCAUAGAUUCUGAGUUUAAGAGAGAAUUUUGAGCCUGGCUGAUGUAGCUCAGUGGUUGUCGCCCAGAUUGCCCACUGGGUCUCCAGUAGGGGGCGUGCAGAAGGCAAUUUAUCAAUGUUUCUAUCCCUCUCCCUCUCUAAAAUAAAAAUAUAUUUUUUAAAAAAGAUAAUUUUGAAACUACUGUUUUUAAAUAAAUAUGCUGGGUGUUGUGUGGACUAAAAAUCUUUCCCCUAAUAGUGGCUAGGAGGGAUGCUUUCUUAUUAAAGUACUUCAGACCUUGGUCACACUGACCUUUGGCCUGGUGAGACUGUGCUUUAUUAACGGAGUUCAUCAGCAUCUCUACCUCCUGACCAGAAAUAAGCAGCCUUCAGGGAAGUUAAGUGGCCUAGGUGCUACUUUUGCUUUAACCUGCACACUUCUUCAAAAAAAGGGGAGGCAAGAUGCACGGCAUAGCUAUCAGACUGUUGGUGGAGGCAUCUUAGGCUUUGGCAGAGCCUCCUACUAUAGUGUAAACAGAAGAUACCUGCUGGCCCUUGAAAGCUUCGCACACCUAAUUUAAUAAUAGUUAACACUGAGCCUUAGUAUUGCUAGAUACUGUGUGCCAAGAGUUGUCUAUGUU